AAACAUUCAUUCAUUUAUACUAAAUCAAUUUUGAUCUGGGGAUUUGAUGCAGAAAAUUUGUUUUCAAAAUUCGUUUGUACAACCGUAGCUUGACUACUCGGGGAUUUGAUGGCGGAAACAAUGAUUCUACUUUUUGUAGCUCACCUUAGCAAAGCAGAGUAAACUAUUUCAAUAGCUGAAUUUGAGAUGAUCGGAAUCUUAUUCACAUUCAUGAAGUUAGAUUUGAUGCUGAAGAUCUGGCAUUACUCAGCUUUGGAUUUCAUGAAGCUUGUGGAUUAAAAGCUUGACGAAGAUCUUCUUCUGCAAGGGCUUACUCCGCAUGGCGUAUUUCUCUCUGAUGGCUUCAGUUCACAGUUGUGUUUGAGUUUGGAUUUUUUAGGGAAUUUACCCAUUACCAGCUCUUUGUGAAUUGCUAUCAGCGUUUCGUAUUGAUGGCAAGUUUUCUGUAUAUGGACCGAGGUAACAAUGAUGAUGCCUCUUCAAAGCUUGUCACGCUUCACGACUGCAAGCUCAAGGACCAUGAGGAAAGAUUGAAGAAAAGUGAAUGGAGUGAUGGUGCCAUACAUGAACUUCUUAAUGCAUAUGAGGCUAAGUGGAAUGAUAGGAACAGAGGAAAUUUUCGUGUGGGGGACUGGGAAGAUGUGUCUGCACUUGUAUCGAUUCCUGCAGGAGGAAUGCAAACAAUGAAAACCCCAAUUCAAUGCAAGAACAAAAUUGAGGGCAUGAAGAAGAAGUAUCGAUCUGAAGCUGAGAGUUGCAGUAAUAAGAGCCGGAAUUGCUCUGAGUGGCCAUUCUUUUCCAGGAUGGAUCUAAUGCUGCGUUGCCCAACUCUUAAAGCUGGAAUUCCUGGGGGUAUGGAUGCAGGGUAUCACGCUGUGGUUCAUGAAGAAGCUCAAGACAGUGCAAGUGGAGAUGCCUCCGAAGCAAAGAAUGUUGAAUUGUUCGCCAAACAAUCUCCAAUAGAGAGUUUAGGUCACACCCUUCACAUUAUUCAGCAGCAACUUGAGAGAGAACAUAACGUUCUUAUUCGUCAGCCCAAUUUUGCAAUUGAGCAAGAUGGAAAGGCCGGUGAUGGUGGUGGCUUUGAGAGUGAUACAAGCCCUGCCCUUGUUACAAAAAAUGAAAAAACUGAUAGCAAUGCAUUAGAGGCUGGUUCAAGCCAAGUCAAGUGUCAAAAAAAAAUUCAGAGUGACAUGGCGAUGGACAUCAGAUCAUUUGCACAAUUGUUCUUGAAGCUGGAGCAAGCCAAGAUUGAAAUGUACAAGGACACAGAAAGGUUACAUGCUGAGGCUGAGACUAGACGAGCAGAACUAGAACUUGAAAGAGCUCAGGUUAUUAUGGAUACUCAGUUGCAGAUUGCUAGACUUAUUUCAGUGAAACCCCGUAAAAGGAAAGCUAGUACUGUAUGUCAGAUCCCCAAACAGAAUGAUGUAUUUAUAGAUGAGACUUGCGUUUCUGGGGUUCAUGUAGAGAGGCAGCUGGAUUUGCAAUCUGCGAGUCCAGGAAAUGAGUUUAUAUUGUCAGAACCAUCUUUUAGACAAGAGUAAUAUGAUCAAGAGGAAAUUCAUUGAUAUGCCAAAGCAACUACUGAUGAUUGGAGCUAGAUUUGUGCAUGCCACCACAAGAUUGGAAAUUUCUGUUUCGAUGUUAAGUACAUUUUAAGCUUUCUCUUGCUUGAACCCAUCAAUUUUGGGAAUUGUAUUCAUUUUCCUUUUUGUAAUCUAUUUCUCAAUCUUUGACAAAAGUUUUGAGAUAUACCAUUUCAUUUAUGUGAGGAUUAUUUGGAAUGUAGUUUUACAAA